AUGGAAAAGACAACCGUAUCGGAUCAGGUCACAUCGGCCGGUACCAGCCGUGAUGCUGAGAGAAUGGCGGGAUUCGAAGUUCACCAGGGCAUGGAAAAUCUACCUGAUGAUAAGGCCGACCUAUCUGGUCGGUGGUGUGCAGCGAGUAAGAACUAUUAUAUCGGCAUGGUCGACCAAGACGCUCAUUCUCAUGUUCAUUCUGCUCUACCUUGUAGCAUUCGUAGACGCACUCCUAAGCACAGUCGAAAGCGCACUAAACCUUACAUAACAUCCUCAUUCAACAAGCACGGCUUGUUGACAGUCGUCAGCGUCGUCUCAACCAUCCUGGGCAGCUCAUCAAAGUUAACACUAGCCAAGAUCAUCGAUAUAUGGGGCCGUGUGGAGGGAUUCCUAAUCAUGCUUGUUCUCGUCACAAUCGGUCUGAUCAUAAAAGCUACAUGCAAAAGCAUGGAGAUGUAUACAGCAGCACACACUCUGUACUGGGUAGGCCACAUUGGUCUGACUUAUGCGGUGGACAUCAUGCUGGCAGAUAUGACCUCACUCAGGAACCGGAUGAUUAUGCUCGACCUGAAUGGUACACCGGGUAUUGCUAGUACCUUCGCUGGCCCGGAAAUUGCCACACUCCUCUACAUAAACCUCGACUUCCACUGGCCACUCGGUGCGUUCGCUAUCAUGCAGGUUGGGGUUUCUAUACCCGUCAUCGCUGUGAUGCUGUUUAUGCAACGUCGGGCUGAGAAGAGUGGUGCUCUUGAGAAGACUCGUUCUGAGCGUGUCUGGUGGCAGACCAUCGCUCACUAUUUUAUUGAGUUUGAUGUUAUUGGGAUCAUCUUGAUCACAGCGGCAUUCUCCCUAAUCCUGAUUCCGUUCAGCAUCGCCUCAUACGGCCCCAAGGGAUGGGCGACCGGAUAUAUCAUCGCGAUGGAAGUUCUGGGCGUAGUGUGCAUGCCCGCAUUCUACAUCUGGGAGCCAUACUGUUCGCCGGUUCAAUUCCUCACGUGGAAGUAUCUGAGAAACGCAACAAUGAUUGGCUCGUGCAUGCUGUACGGCGUGAUGUUUAUAUCCUGUUUUACCUGGAACAGCUACUUCGGCUCGUACCUACAAGUCGUUAACAGACUUGACAUCAUGACAGCCAACUAUGUACUCAACGCUUUCUCCUUGACCUCUUUUAUCUUCAGCCCUAUCUUUGGCCUAGUAAUAAGCUGGACCGGCGACUUCAAAUGGACUGCCGUGGCUGGUGUCCCAAUCUUCCUCCUAGGAACAGCCCUCCUAAUUCCAUUCCGCACUCCCGACACACACGUGGGGCUAUUAACAAUGAUCCAAAUUCUCGUUGGACUCGGCAGCUGUCUCUUCACGGUGUGCGGACAACUAGCUGUAAUGGCGACGGUGACUCACCAAGAGAUCGCUGUCGUGAACGCGAUCUGGGGGUUAUUCGGGUCGAUUGGAGCGGCUGUAGGAUCUGCCAUCGCUGGCAGGAUGUGGAAUAAUAUUCUCGAGACGGAGUUGCACAACCGUCUGCCACAGGAAAGUAAACAUCUUUCGGCGAGUAUCUUUGCGGAUUUGGUGAAACAGAUGUCGUAUGCGGAUGGGACGGCUGAGCGGGAUGCUAUUGUUGGGGUUUGUUUUGUGCCGCUUUGUAUUCUUUGUACUUGGUUUUGGAGGAAUUUUAAUGUUAAGAAGUUGGAGAGGGAGCAGACGGCUGGGAAUAUCUGGUAA